AAAGAAUAAUUCCGCAAUAUAUAAUUUUCUUUUUUAGUUGUUUAGUAAAUGGUAAAUCAAGGUAGAUGAGCCACGAUAAAACAUGGUAUAAGAAAAGAAUGGAUAUAAUAAAAUAAGAAAAUAAACAACUCAAUUAUUAAAUACAUUAAAAUUAGUUAUUGUAACUAACAACCAUCCUAAUCAAAUAAUUAUUUAAAAAAAUACAGCCGAAUACAUUUUAAAUGUUAAUAUUAUAACAUUGAUUCUUGUUCUAGUUCGCAUCUACUCUCCUAAAUAAUUAUUUUGUUAAUAUUAGAUGUCUAUGUAGUAGACUGACCAAGAUUCCAAAAUGUAAGCCUACCAAAAAAGAAAAAAAAAAAAAUCUAUUUUUCCAAGUGGGUAACAAUAUUAUCAUUCUCUCAAGACUCUGAAACGCAAAAAACCCCUCGUUUGAUUCACACCAACACAACCCAUUCGCUGUUUUUGGUUUCUUCGUUUACCCUUUUCCCAUAAAUUCAAAAUUAUCAAAGGUUUUCAAUUCAUACCCAAAUUCAUUUCAAUCUCAUAGCCUCAACAUUACCCGUUGAGGCUCAUUCUGUUCUUCAAUCCUGAGGGUUUUUUUUCUUUUCAAUUGAUUCUGUUUACCUGUGUAUAAAUAUGUCGAAAUCAUCAAAACUCUUGAGUCCAACAAGGAUUUCUCAAUUUGGGUUCGUUCUAAUUGUGAUUGUUGCUAGGCUAACAUGCGCAGAUGAGAACCCUAGGGUUUCUAAUUCUAUUUGUCAUCCCAAAUCGAUUAACGAUUCAAUUUUUGGUUCCCAAGCUCCGGUUUGUCCUUUGAACGGGAUUGAUUAUUCUUUCGGUGUUCUUGGUGUUAUUGAGGGAGAUGAAACGUCAUUGCAAAAGGCAUUAUCUAUGGUUCAUAAGAAUGCUGGAAAUUACGUUGUUGUCCUCUUCUAUGCAUCAUGGUGCCCUUUCUCAAGAACAUUUAGACCAACUUUAUCCCAAAUGUCUUCCUUGUAUCCUUCCAUAGCUCAUUUUGCCAUUGAGGAAUCUGUCAUAAGGCCAAGCAUACUCUCGAAAUAUGGUGUUCAUGGAUUUCCUACUCUCUUUGUCUUGAACUCAACAAUGCGUGUUCGUUAUCAUGGCUCAAGAACCCCUACUUCUCUUGUGGCUUUUUACACUAAUGUUACAGGUAUUAAAGCCGAAUCUGUUAAUGCAACAUCCCUUGGUGAAACAAUACACGAACACACAAAUCAAAACAACAUCAACGAGCCAGAAAACUGCCCGUUUUCAUGGGCAAAAUCACCCGAAAACAUGUUCAGACAUGAAACAUACCUAACAUUAGCCACCAUUUUUGUGGUUUUAAGGUUGUUUUACUUAGGUUAUCCGUUUAUCAUCACAUGUGCACGUGUUUCUUGGAGAAGAAGGAAUGUAAACAUUCGGUUAAAAACAUUGUGGGAGCACCCAUUGGCUUACAUGAAUCGUGCAAUACAGUUAUUCACUUCAUUGACUGAGCCUUGCAAGAGAAGCAACCUUCAUGGAGCCAUGAAUGCAAAAGCUGCAUGGGCUUCAAAGUCUUUGGCUUCGGUGUCUUUUGGGGAGGCGAGUACUAGCCGUGAUGGGUCCGGAAGUUGAGGGCGAUUUGGUAAUUUCCUUUUGGGAUGUAAUUUGUUUCUUGAUAAGGAAGUUUUAUGUCUAAUUGGGUUCUUUGUGAAAUGUAGAUUACAAUUUGUUUGAUAGAAAAAGAAUUGUUGUGUACUUGUUGUUGGUUGUAAAUGUGUAAGAGACCAAUUCACCUUUCGAAAUCUGACUUUUAUGCCUUUUUUUUUCUCUGUGUUUAAAUUAAAAAUAUUUAACGUGUAGUUUUGUUAAUUGGGGUGUUGUGAUAAUGGAGAUUGGAUAGAAUAUAGAUGAUUAUAUAUAUAUAAAAGGACGGCGAGAACCUUACUUGG